UGCUGAAGGGAUGAGGGUAGCGGAUUCAUGAACAACAGACUCGGAUGCUGAUGAGAGAAGCGCAGCUACACGGGGGACGCAUGGUGUCAGAGAAUGCCACGGCAGGAAAGGAGUUUCCAUUCUUUAACUCUAAGGAAAGGCAUCUUUGUCUUAUUGACUAGGUUCUUUGUUUUUGACUUGAAGUCAUACCUGCAGCUAAUGCUGCAUAUCCUGACGUUGCAAUGCCAGCGGGGCUGAAUGCGCAAGGCAGCGGUAUACCAAUCUCAGAUGCGAUGGGAUCAUUUAAGAGGAGGAAAAGAAAGUCCAUCAUAGUAACAGUGAUGCUCCUUAUCGUCUCCAUACUCAUACUGGUCUUUGGUCUGGCCGCUACUACCAGAACGCAGAACAUCACUGUCGGUGGCUACUAUCCAGGAGUCAUUCUCGGCUUCGGGUCCUUUCUGGGAAUCAUUGGCGCCCAUUUGAUAGAGAAUAAGAGGCAGAUGCUGGUGGCCUCCAUUGUCUUCAUCAGCUUCGGUGUGGUGGCGGCCUUCUGUUGUGCUAUAGUGGAUGGCGUUUUUGCUGCAAGACAUAUAGACCUCAGACCUCUAUAUGCUGGCCGAUGUGAAUAUUACUCCAGUGGGACCGCGUUUGAUUUAGAUGUCCACUGUCAAACCGCAUCUCGGGUCUCCUGUAACCUGCGUGUGAAGAGCAACACCUGCUACUGCUGUGACCUUUACAACUGUGGCAAAGAGCAUCCUCUUAUGGGACUUCAGAAUAAAGAUGUUUUGAAAAAAUUUAGGAAAUCCUCCAUGGUUUGGAAUCGAGUGGAACUGCGAGGAGGGUACCAUGAGUACACAGAGGUGCGGAGCUGUCAGGACGUUGUGCAUCUUUACCACCUGCUGUGGUCUGCUACUAUCCUCAACAUUGUUGCUCUGUUUCUGGGCAUCAUCACCGCCGCGGUGCUGGGGGGCUUCAAGGACAUGAUGCCUACAGCAGCACCAGAUUCCUGUGAGCCAGAACCUAUCCCUAUUCCUCCGCCCCAAGAGACUCCGGGACCCACAACAUCCAACAACACUUUUUACAACACUGCCCCCUGCUUACCUCCAUACACUGCCUAUGACCUUCGGGGUGCCAGCAUGUUUCCUGACGCUUCAGGCCUGUCUGAUGACUCCCAGUCUGGAGCCAGUCUCAUGUGGCCAAAUAUGAUCCCGCCUCGUUAUUCUCCUCCUUAUUACCCACCUGAUGAGAAGCCCCCGCCAUACAGCCCCUAAGGGACCAGUCUGAGGAAGACAUUUUCCUGUCAAGAGAGAACUGGCGUUGGCAUUUUUGUAUAUAAGUAAACCACAUCAGUGAACAAUCAUCGUUCUGAAUGAACAACCUUUGCAGAGGAGGCUCACCUGUGCGGCGGGUUAAGUACAGAGAGACUACAGCAUUAACCACAGUCACUCAUCACCAUUCAGCAGAUGUAAUAUGCAACAUUAAACCUUGACAAGAUUCUCUCAAGUCAAACCCGAUGUGUAAAAUAUUCACAUUAUGUAGCCUCAAUCCAAGAGGACUAUACCUAAUAACAACUAGCCUGACUGUGAGAUCAAGACUGUUGACAGAUAUGCCUUAAAAUGUGUCCGCUUCCAGUACAGCUCCACCUGGCUCGCCUCCUUUUCCUGUUAUAGGUAACGUCUGUGGGUCUCCCACUUGAGAUUCCUCUGCAUAACUCCAUAAUGUGAACUUCUCCCUUCCAAAGUGGCACAAAGUGUUUUGCGUUGCCUCUGCUCUCUCUGCACGAGGGUGAGUCUCUUAUCUAGCAAUUGAUUUGCACUUUAUUGUCUUCAGAAUUGACUGUAUUCACACAGUUCUAGAUAAUUACUUGAGUUAUUUUUAACUGUUUCGGGCAGCUAGAUUGCAAAGAACUGUACAUAUAUUUAGGCUGAAUCUUACUUUUUGUUCUGAGUGCUUCAUUAGGAUCUAUGAUCUAACCUGUAAUUUGUGGUGUUUCUUCUGCAUUAUGUCAAGCACACAAUCAUGUCACAAAUUCGAAUAAUCUUUUGUGACAAAAAUAUCCUUUGCUUGAUUUAUGCAAAGUAAUAAGCUCUUACAUAGUGGUAUGAAGAAUGAGAGGACUUUCAAAACCUAUACACCUCACAUUCGUCUGCCGUUCUGUUGCCGUUGUUUCUGUCAAAAAAUGACAGGAUUUAAAGAAUGUAAAAAGGAGGCUUAGCUUUAUAAGUAACCAUUAUAUAAACUUACACAAAUUUAAACACUUUAAUUGUUCACUACGUAAUAACAGGAAGUCCCUCCACAUUGCAAAUAUAUCAGCGUGUGUGCAAUGCUGUAUAUGUUGUACAUAUACUGAACAAUCAAACUGCCUUCUCAUAACACAACACAAUUGGGUCUUAAGACUUAUAGUGUUUUCCUUUUCGUCUGUUUGCGUGUUCACUGCGAGUGUCAUGUCUAUACACUUACUUCAUUUGCUUGAUUUAUAUCAAGAACAUUGUCCUUUACUGAUGUGAGUAGAGCUAUUAAUACGAUGAUUUUAUUACUUCCUGGUGGUUGUAGUACAGUCACAUGCUAUAAAGAAAACUCAUAAAUUGGAUCUUUGCCUCUGUUGUUAAUUUUUGACCACAUUAAUGUCACAUGAAAGCAUUUGUUUACAUUUGAUGUUAAAAUCUUAAAAUUAAAGUCUUAAUAGUUCAGCGCAGUAUUAAAUAUAAACUGUAUAGCUGGCAUAGAUUUUUUGCUUCAUUAUCACACGUGCAUUUCCAAAUAUGUCCACUGGCAUUUGACCAUUGAAUCCAUUUUAUCCCUCAUCAUGUGAAACCUUACAGAUUACAUUCAUGUAUCAGUGCAUUAUAAUAUGUUCACUGACAAGAUCCACUCUGAUAUAGAGCCAGAAAUGUUCAUAUUGA